GCUUAUUUCUGCACUCUUGGACGGUCCUUCAACCCUCUCGAUCCUUCUUUCGCGCGACCCCUCGAUUCCUUAUUCUCCCCUCGACUCAACAUAACACCGAUACCAUGGAAGCCCAAAUUGAAGAGGUGUGACAGCCAGUGGAUUUAUCAGGAGACUCCUUGUAGCCUUUUCCUCAGCAGCAGCGGUCAGCAACUAACGGCUUUUUAUUUAUAUCUGUGCGUGCUUCGCCCACUUAAAUAUAAUCGACCAAACCAGCUCUUGCCCUUUCUGCACGACGGCAGAAUGGAGGUCCGUCAGAUUGCCAUCCACAACAUCGUCUCCUUUACUCCGAGCAAUUCAGAGUUUUUUCACGUCUUUCUGAAGCACGCCAAGCCUCUCUGCAAGGAUCUGAAGGCAUUGGUCAAGGAGGACACGGCCAUUGCCCAUGACGCUCUUCGCUCGCUUAUCAAUCUUUCAGGAGAGACUGUCAUCUGCGCAGAGUUGGACGACGAAGACUUUAUCAAGCACCUCAUCUUCAACGUUAUCGUCUCCAAGACCAAUAUCUUGGCAGAUUUGGGAUGCAUGUUGCUCUCCAACAUGUGCAAGAACGACAAUGUUUCAGGCAAGGUCCUGAACUUGAGCGGGAAGCCAGUCGAGGGAUUGACGACAGCAACCAGCGCUGUCGGACAGCUGGCAGAUAUUUUUUUGAAGGGCACGGACAAAGGAUACAAUCCUCAGUGCAACUUCGACUUUUUGGCGAGCGUUUUUGCAACAUUGGCCACUUUCCCUAAAGGCCGUACGCUCCUUUUUGCAAAGGACGACAACGCGUUGUCUCCCCUUUCAAAGAUCGUGUGCUUCACUGAGCAUCCCAGCGUGAUCCGUCGAGGAGGUGUUAUCACAACGAUCAAGAACGCAAGUUUCGCAGUCGAGAACCACCCAGCAUUGUUGGAUGAGGACGAUAUCAAUGUCCUGCCUUAUAUUUUGCUCCCUCUCUGCGGCCCCGAGGAGUUUGAUCUUGAAGACAUGGAGGGAAUGCCAGAGGACAUCCAGCUCUUGCCUCCAACAAAAACGCGUGAGGCCGAUGCCCAUCUGCGGGAAACCUUGCUGGAGGGCUUGAUCAUAUUGACAUCCACACGCCAGGGACGUGACUAUCUCCGCGAAAAGAAGACAUAUCCUGUGAUUCAGAAGAUGCACCUGGCAGAGACGGAAGAUCAUGUGCAGGAGGUUGCGGAGCAAAUUGUCAAUAUGCUGAUGAGAGACGAGGUCCCAGAGAUCACGGAGAUUGAGGAGGUCAAGCCCGAAGGAGAUGAUGAAGACGCUAUUACGGAAGUGUAGACAUUAUAAAUGGUUUAUUUAAAUAAUUGUUUAAGACAGCCCAAGAUACGCAAUGUGCAUAUUUGGACAACAGACCCACAAAGCAUCAAAACAUGAGAUUAAAGCUUGCCCUUGUCCUUGACUGCUCCCACAGAUCGUCCGUCAAUAUUUCUUCAAUCAUUUGGCUCACAGGAAGCCAUGGUCAACAACAAAGAUAAAAAAAAAAAAAAAAAA